GUGUGUUAUAGUGUUUGUCGAGUAACAUAAAAGUAGACUUGUACAUGUGUAUAGUUUCGUUAAGUUAAUACGCAAACCUUGGUUUAGACGGUGUAAAUGUGUAAUGGAUCGUAAUGCAUAAAACUUGUUUUAUCAUAGCAAUCCCAACAUCAUGAUGAAGUAUCAUCAUCACAAAUUCACAAUCCAGCAGUGCUGUAUAAAAAACUAGUAGAGUUCAUUCAUCUUUAUUGUAUAUUCACUUUCAUCACAGUCUAAACCAACCACACUUCUUCGUCUUCUUCCGAAAUGCAACUGACAGCCGAAUGUAGCAGACUACAAUUGACUGCAUAUCCCAUAGUGCAGACAAAGAUGACUGUGCUAGACUUAACGCAAAAUCAAAAUUAAGAACCAACCCAACCUUGUGCGAGUCUGUAAUUUAAAUUCAAAUGAUAAUUAUUCAAACCCAACAAUGACUGAAACUGCAAAAAAUUGGCGUCACGCCAUGGUCAACCCCUCCGACCGGCUGCAUUAUCUACUUACCAAUCAGUUACAUACGGAUGUGACCUUUUCGCUGCCACCAAUUCCUGGCGAGGAAGACCGGAGGGUUUUCCAUGCUCACAAACUCGUCCUCAUUGCGGCAUCUCCGGUGUUCGAAACCAUGUUUACUGGACCGUUGAAGGAAGAUGUGGUUAAGGUGGAGGACGUGGGCUCGGAAGCGUGGUGGAUUUUAUUGGAGUACGUGUACACUGGCGUCCUUCCAUCGGGAACGACAACUAUUCACACGGCAGUAGAAUUGAUGUAUGCGGCGGAAAAAUAUGACCUUCCAGACUUGUCGCAGAAAUGCUCAGAAUUAUUGAAAAGUGAUUUGACGAAGGAUAAUGCGAUUACCAUUUUCCAAGCCGCACAACUCUUGGGGGAUAAAGAGCUCGAGACUCGGGCGGAGGGAUGGGUGUUGAGAAAUUUCCACAAGCUUUUAGAGAUGGAUACAAAUCCAACCGACUUUGUUAACAUGACUGAGAAAAAUUUACAGCAUUUCUUAUCAAAAGACGAACUCGAUGUUCUUGAACUCGACCUUUUCCGUGGAGUUGUAAAAUGGUCCGAACACCAAGUUCAAUUGCAAUCGGGGACAGCGGAAUCAAAAUCGAAAUGUUUACAGUCCCUUCUUCCGCUGCUUCGAUUUCCACUAAUCUCAGCGGAAGAAUUUUCUCUGCAUAUCGUUCCGUCGGAGGUGCUACCUUUGGAACAAUCGGUUCUAAUUUUGCAACAUUUGAGUUGUUCUAAAGAUAAGAGAACAAAUCUUCCACCACUUCCAUACUCUUUUAAACCACGGCGUUCUACUAGCAAGACAUACUGCGCCCAUUUUGCCGUGAGGCUAACGGACAUGACUUAUCCCUAUGUUAGUCAUAUCUUGUACUACGAUUCAUUCGAGGUCGACACCCCGCUCCAGAUUACGCAUUUAGGCUUCCCGGCGCCGGACCUUGAUGACGCCACGUACGACGUAGCAAUUCAAAUCAUGGUUCAGUCAACAAACACACUAAUCUACCGAACGAACCAAAGCGUCGUGUGCAAACGAAGACAAGUCAUGAGGGUCGUGUUUAACGAUGAGACCUGUCAAGUGAGAAUAGAACCUGGAAUUCUUUAUAAAGUGGUUUAUAAAUUAAAAGGUCCGGAUACUUUUUACGCGGAUCAGAGGAUUGAACGAUUCCCUGUGAAAAGCACUGGAGGCGGUGGAAACAAAAUUGUUAAUUUCCGGUACAUUGCGUAUUCAUGUAGACUAAUUGAAAUUGGAUUCAGGUUUUAACUAGAUCCAUGAUAGAUUUGUACGAAUUCAGUAUUAUAUCAAACAAGUGGUUUCUUUAUGAUAGGUCCAGUUCAAUAGAAACCUCGAUCAUCGUAUUAGUGCAGAAUAUUUAUUUGCAUAAAAAGUGUUCAGCUUUUUUUAAUUUGUUUAGAAUUUGGUAAUCAAAUAAUAUAAUUUAUCCGACAGAUAGCAAAUCUCUCUAUCUAUGAAAAUAUUUAUUUACUUAAUUGUGUAGAUAUCCUACAUUGACAGGACUGCAUAUUAGGUCCUACUGCCAAUCAUGCAUUCCAAAAUUAUGAGAACAAUACAAUGUCACUUGUUAAUUUAAAAUAAUUGAUAAUCGUUUGCUAUGCAUCUCAGGCUUGAUACCUUAAUUAUUUUAUUAUUGUCCGGACUAUCAGGUUUAAUUAAUCAAUCAUGUCAUGCUAACCAAAUGUCAAACACUGUUCAAAAUGAUAAGCAUUUAAUAAAAUACAGUGUCUAAUCAAGAGCAAUGGCUAGUCAUCUUAUUCAUUUGCUAUUUUCAUCCUUUAUAAAUCUGCAUAGUUAUGGAUUUUUCCAAAUUUUUUGUCCUGCUAUUUCUGUGCCAUGGAUCAUACGGCGUUGAAAUAUGGGUCAACACCACCCACGCCCCCGACCUCGCCGCGUUUGGAGUUGCUGUCCGAGCAACGCUACUUUCUUGGUUCGACCAGGUUGGAGAAAUCCUGAACUCGCCCACGUACACUCCACCCACAGUCAUCAACAUUUAUUUUGACCCUAAUUACGACGGGGUAGCGUAUGCAGCAGGAAAUCAGAUUGUUGGCUCUGUAGACUAUUAUCGGAGAAAUAGUGACAUUGGCUCAAUGGUGCAUGAAAUGGCACACGUCAUCCAAGCAUAUCCAGUCUGUUAUACGAAUUCAGAUUGGUGGAUUACUGAAGGAAUUGCCGAUUGGGUCCGAUUUUUCCAUUUUGAACCACAAAAUAAACCCAACAGACCAACACCUUCCCAGUCGUACCGGGAUGGGUACAGGGUCACCGCCUAUUUUCUCGACUUUGUCCACAGACGUUAUAACCCCAUGAUUUACUGGGUUAACAAAGACUGUCGCGAGGGAACUUAUGCACACUCAAUAUUCCCGAGACUGACGGGCAGAACUCUGGAUGAACUUUGGGAUGAUAUGUUGCAAGAGGCAAACGAGUUGUACCCGGGCGAGGAUUUUUCACACUUUGUUAAACCAUUUAGUAGUAAUAAUGCGGAUAAAUGCUUGAAGAUUCAAGAAUAAUUUCUAAAUCGUUAAGUGUUUACGACAUUUUUUUUCUUCAAAUGGUUAUAAUAAAAUUUUGUUCUGGCAUGAA